AUGGCAGCUGUUCGCUCGCUUUACGGUGAGGAUAUGGUCAGGGGGGACGCGUCUCAACGCCAGGCCGCAAUGCCAUGGAUGCUCCAGCAAGGACGCCUCGAUCCCUCCGGACUUGACUCGGUCUCUGCGCCGUGGAUGGGUUUGCAGUCCCAAGGUCCGAGUGGCUCUUGCGACACGGGGUUGCCCAGCUACAUGCACCAGGAUAUGUACCCGGAUGUCAACAACUAUGUGCCAAUGGCGGCUGAAGGAUUUUCAAACAACCGCCAAGUUCUGGGAGAGAAGCCGAAGGAAAGCCUUGUGGACAAGACCGCAUUCCGUCAGCAAUUCAAGAAGACACAAAUGUGCCGCUUCUUCCAGCGAUCCGCAUGCCGCAAGGGUGACCUUUGCGAGUUUGCCCAUGGGACAGACGAGUUGACCCAAGCGCCUGACUUGCGGAGGACCUCCCUUUGCAAGGCUUUCAUGGAGGGUUGUUGCCCGGAGUCUGCUGAGACAUGCAGGUUUGCCCAUGGGAUCGCUCUGCUACGACGCACACCAGGUUUUGAAAAACUUGUUGGUUCGACGAAGGCGAAGCCCGCAAACGAGGAUGCCGAGAACGAAGAACACUCCCAGCUGCAUGAGAUGCUGAAGAAGCAGCAGCGUGAACAGGAUGAGAUGCGUCGGGUGAUUGAGGAGCAGCGUCGCAGGAUUAACGAGUUGAAGAUGCAGCAAGAGCAGCUGCAGAUUGCCCAGUACACAUCCGCACUUCAAAGCCAGCUGCCCUUGGCCCCGAUACCGUCGAUCGUGCCACAGCCAAAUCUGCUUCCAAAGCUCGGAACCAUGUUCCCGCACGGCUACGAGAAAACGAUUCCGCUGUAA